GCAAAUCGGCCGUGGUUACCAGUGGUGUUACUCUCCGCCUGCCGCCCGCCGCCUAACCUCUUCCACUGCUCGCGACUCGUGACGCGGGAGGGUGACACGUGGCUCUACAACCUGACGACCAAUGACAUGCUCACACGUCCAACCAGCGCGUCGUGUAUGCUACACUCAUCGGAGCGGUAUGUGUGUGGCGCAAUAGUACUGGGGCAUAGCAUAAGGAGGACGGGGAGCAGUCACGAGAUGGUUGUGCUUGUAUCGAAGGAGAUCAAAGAGGAGAGCAGGCGAGGGCUGAGAGGGGCGGGGUGGACGGUGAAGGAGAUUGAGAGGAUUCGCAACCCCAACGCACGCGAUGGGAGUUAUAACGAAUGGAAUUACAGCAAGCUGCGGCUGUGGCAGCAGGCGGAGUACACCAAGCUGGUCUUCAUUGACUCGGACCUGCUCCUCUUGAACAGCGUUGACUUUCUCUUCUCCUACCCCGAGAUCUCCGCCCGCGGAAACGACGGCUCAGAUUUCAACCCGGGCGUGAUGGUCCUGGAGCCGUCAAAUUGCACGUUUGAGGUGCUGAUGGAGAACCUGAGGAGAGUGCGAUCGGCAAACGGAGGGGACCAGGUGAGUGAGACCAUGUGUGAUGUGAUGUGA